ACAAAUUUUAUGUUAAUGUUUUAAAAACCAAAAAUUUACCAAUAAUGAUACGUUUAGGACAACAUGAUAAGUUAUAACAGUUCACAACAAAAAGGAUACAAUGUCAAGAUCAUUAAAUAAGCCAUCAUGUGUAAUAGACGUGUAUGAAUUUUACUCUGGAUUUCCUGACGGUGUGAUAACUUGGUUUCUACAUUUAAAAGUUUUGUAUAUAAAAAUUGCUUGAAAGGAUGUCAUCAGCUAUGGCAGAGACAGUGUCUAUUAGAGGAGUGGAGGAUAGUGAAGAAUUUGAUGAGGCAGAGCGACCAACAACACUGUAUUGUAAACCUGUCACUCUGGAGGAAUAUGAAGAUCAAGCUGAAGAGGAAACUGAAAAGGCUCUUUGUGAUUUAAUGGGCUACCUAGACGUGCAUAAAGAUGAAUUUACAAAUCUCCUUAAGAAAAAGAAAAGACAAGAUUUAGAAACUGGUGGUUUAUUGUCAUUCAUGAAGGUGAGGGUAUAUGAUAUGAUCCAUGGAGAGAACAGUCCUCUUGUGAGGGUUACAGAGACAGAGAGGGACAGACAUCUUCAGGAUCUUAAAAACAACAUGCAGAAAGCUUUUGAUUACUCUUUAGAAACCAAAGGACGUAGAACAUCAAAGCGUUUGGAAGAGAAGAGAUUACGUAAAGCUAAUGAUCCCAAUGCAACUCCAUCUAGGAAGAUGGUGAAGGGCUUAAAUGGUGUACCGCCAGCACCCCCACCCCCUCCUCCAGUCCCACCAUUUGUAGAGGGAACCACACAAAAGAUGAAAAUACAGCCAAGAAAACCGCUUACACCUAUUCAAAACAGACUCAAUCAGACAAAGACACCUGGCAAGCAAGAAUCUGAUGAUAUCCUUGGAUCAACGCCUCAACUGGACUGUUCCUUGACAAGUCUUCACCAAGAACUGAUAUCGUCUAAUCCUUGGAAGAGACUCAAAUGUGUGAAUGAAAACAAGUCACCGGGUGGAACACCAGCUGUAUCUAGGAAUGACCAGCAGCGUACAGUUCCUUUGGAACCUCUACAUAGAGCUCUGUAUAACAAGUUCAAGAAUGUGAGACCUCCGAGUCCAACUGGCAGCCCUAACACAACCAUCACAUCACCGGGAGAGUUCACACCUUAGGUGUCUUCUGUCUGGCUCUUUGAAGGAAAUAGCAGAUCUGUCACUCUGUGGAAAGCUUAUAAAUAAAAACUUUCUGAGUGUUUAGGGCAAAAUGUUUCUGACUGUAAAAGUCACAUUGUAAAUAGUGGCUGAUUGAUCUACCACUGUAGACAAAAUCUUUUAAUCAGUUAUAUUAUUUUCACUUACCAGAUCAUUUGGUAAUAAUAUAAAUGUAUUGAUUUUGUUGGAUUAUUGUUAACUGCAUCUGAAUUACUUCUUUCCAUUAUUUUAAAAGAACAUUUUGUUAGCUAUUGAUAGUGUUUUAAAAUACGUUAUAUGUACAUAAAUGAACAUUUUUAAAUACUUUUGUAAAGUAUAAUUUUCUUCUUCUUUUAGAAAACAAUGGAUUUUUAUGUUGCUUUUUAAUAAAAUACCUUUUUACCUCUUACUUAACAGAUAUGCAUUUCUUUAAAAGGGAUGAAAGCUCUCACAGAUUUUUUUGAAAUAAAGAGUUCAUUUGAGGAUGCCAUCCAGCUAGCCUGCAGAAGGUCGAUGGUGAUAUCAGUAUGCCCACUUGUGCCUGAAUUAUUGGCUGAAAGGAUACCUGGGGUAUUCUUCAACCCAUUAAAAGCUGGGAAGUCCCCAUCUCAUGUGUUUUGCAUCCCCUCCCCCUUUACUUUGAGUAUGUUUUCGUGGCUCCCCUUUGUUUUGGCAACUGGAAUCCUAGGACGGUACACGAUUGUUUUUUUUUUCUACUUGUGUGGGUGCAUUUGUAUGCUUGUGAGUCUAUAACGGUGCCCUACUGUUUCUUUAUGUGUUGCUUGUUCGUUUUUCUAUGUUAUUCAGUUAGUCGUGGUUGUAUGUUUAUCUUUGGUACACAAGUGUCUGCGCUAUCGUGGUGUACGUUGUAGUGUGACUGUUAUUAAGGAACAUGGCAUUCCCUUUGUAUAUUCAUCCUUGUUCAACUUCUCCUCCAUCUAUAUUUAGCAUAAAUUAAUAUGUACUUGUUGGAUGUUUGAAGCAACCCGUCUGAAAUAUUUUUCCAUUACAGCUUCUUUUUGUUGUGGGCCUACUAUGCAAAUGUGUGACUCUGUGGCUGUGUUUUUGGUGCUCUGUGCUUCCGAGAAAUCUACCCUUACCUCUUAUCUUUUGAUGUGAUCUGACUCGACUUUUUUCAGAAAUACUGAAUUUCGUCUGGAUUUUUCUACAGAUUUUUACUCUGUUAUUUUCUGGCAUCUUUAUUUUUCAGUGAAGUGUUACUAUCAGAGUAAGGGAGCUAAACAGCUGUAUACUAAAAUAUUUUUCCAGUAAAAUGCAGGUUGCACUGGUGAUAAGAUAUAGAUUUUGACUCUUUCACAGCCAAGGAAUAGUUUAUUGUUCUAUUCAGAUGCAUUUAUUAGCUUGUCUAAUUUUAAAAAGUAUGAACAUUUGGGAAAAUACAGAAAAUAUUGUUUCACUGCAGGGAAACAUAAAUUUCUACUGUAAAAGUCAAUAAAAUAAAUUAUGCAUUUCAUUGUUAUUUUGAAAUAUUUCAUCUGAUAGUACGUAUCCCAUUACAAAUGUAUAUUUCAUUUUCACAAUGCAUCAUAAUUAUGAUAAAUUUCUAAUUUCAUUAUAAAAAUUACAUUUUUAUUAGAGAUUUGCAUGAUUUCAGUAUAUGUGUUAUAACUUUCUACCACAAUCACCAAGUGUGUAUUAUGUGUAUAUGUAACAUGCAGUUUUUUUAAGACACUUGUUCACAUUGUUAACUGAGCUCAUGUUAGGUAUAAUAAGAAAGUUUCCAUAGUAAUAAAUUCACCUGUGGUCCAUGGUAAAGAGGACGGAAAUUGGCCAUAUCUGGCAUCCAUCAUUGUGUGCAUGAACAUUUUGGUUCAGAAGAAAUCACCUCCUUGGCCAGUUUCAAGCAAACUUCACAUGAAUGUUCCUGCCAUUAUCCUUUAGCGAAGUUAUUCAAGGUUUCAUGCACUACACCAUUUGCCAGGCAAACAGGGGAUGAACUCAAAAUCUUAAAGUUUGAAACGAUUGGCAGAAGUUUAAAAAAGAAAUACUUCUUUGUUGAUUUUCUUCAAGUUUUUCUUGAGUUUUGUCAAGCCAUUGAAAUUGGUAAUGUCAGGGUUGACUUUUUUUCUGUGAAAAGUUGAAAAAAUUGUCUUUCUGUCUGAAACUGCAAGUAGGAGUUUUGAAAUUAUUUCAAGCAUGUUUCUUUUCAAUGUUUUUUUUUUUUUUUUUCCAUGACCUACGAAGUCUGUCAAAAGUUUCCAUUUUAUCAAAACAGCACCAAGAGGUCCUGUCAUAUUUCCAAUUAACAUGUAUUUACUGUGGAGACUUUAGAAAUCUUCAAAUCAGAAACUGUAGGCCAAACUUUUAUCCCAUCUGUGAACAAGUAGUUUUAAUACGUUGAUGUUUACCUUCAUUAUCUCAAAUUUGCAUAAUAAUUAUAAUUAUUCCUACCUUCAAAGAAGAGGUGGUAUAUUGUUGUGCUCAGUUGUUUGUCAGUAGGCCAUUUAGUUUCAGAUUAAUAACUAGGAAUGCUUUGUCUUGCAUAACUUCAUACAUGAUUGAUUGUUGCUAAUCUUUUAGGAGUCAAAGGUCAAGAACACAAUGACAUUGAGACUGAGAAUCUUUCGCUCAAUAGCAACAGAAUGCUUUUGCAUACAGUUGUCAAUUUUGGGGUUAGUAGAUCAUAUGUCAAGGUUGUAGUGACCAAGAAACUGAAAACAAUUUCCUUCCAAUAACAAAAGAAUGCUUUGGCCAAGAUUUGUCAAACUUUGUAGGAUAAUUGCCUAUGGUCUGUAGAUGGCCCAUUUUGUUUUCAGGGUCAGUAGUUCAAAGGUCAAGGUCACAAUGGCAUCAAGACUGAAAACCAUUUCCUUUCAAUGACUAAAAAAUGCUUUGGCCAACAUUUUUCAAACUUCAUAGGAUAAUUGCCUGUGGUCAGUAGAUGGCCCAUUUUGUUUUCAGGGUCAGUAGUUCAAAGGUCAAGGUCACGUUAACCUGAACACUGAAAAAGUUUCUGCUCCAUAACAAAAGAACACUUUGGCCUACAGUUGUCAAAAAUCGUAGGAUGAUUGUGGUCAGUAGAUGACCCUUCCCCCCAACACCCCCCCCCCCCCCAGUGUUUUAGGAGUCGGUGUUUUUAAGGUCACAGUGACCUUGAGACUGAAAAAGGUUUCAGCUCAGUUAGUAAAGAACGUUUUGCAUACAGUUGUCAGACUUCAUUGGAUGAUUGACUGUGGUCAGUAGACGACCCUUAUUGUAUUUAGGGUCAGUAAAUCAAAGGUCAAGGUUGCAGCAACCUUGAGACUGAAAACGGUUUCUGCUCAGUAACUUCUGGACACUUUUAUCUACUGCCUUCAAACUUCAUAGGAUGAUUGCCUGUGUUCAGUAGAUGACCCUUGUUGUUUAAGGGGUCCAGUCCUUAGUGCUAACUGAAAACUGGACACACCAUCGUUGGGGGCAUAUGUGUUUUACAAACAACUCUUGUUAUAUACUAUGUUUUACAUGUUAACCACCGAGUGUGUUCAUUCAAUUGUGCUGUUCUCUUCACAAUGUUCAUGUGUUGUUACUAAAGGUAUACAUAUUGAUGAAAAGAAAAACAUGAAUGCUGUAGAUUAGAUAGAAUUUUUCAUGUAUACUGUCACUAGAGUCUGCCACCAUUUUGCUUGAUUGAGUUCUGUGCUCAAAUGUAUCUUCUUACAGACUUUUAUAACCUUUCACCACAGCACUGAGCAGUUCUGAAGUGCUGUAUGGCAGCAGUAAAAACUUUCACUGCACUUUUGAAUCGGUAUCUUUAUUUUUUCAAAUCUUUGGGAAUCUUAAAGUUCAUUAAAUAUUUUUACAGAACAAAGUUCUGCUUAAGGCGACAUAUAACAUUUCAUGAAUUUUACUUUCACUAAAAUCUUUAUCUGUAAGAUUUUUGUCUUUAUAGAAUUAAUGAAAAAAGAAUAUAAAUAUAUACAUUUUUGGAGAAGUAUUCUAAUUUGGUUAAAUAAAACAAAAUUAAUCCAACGCAUCCAAAAUGUUUAAAUUUACUGCUAUUCAUAUAAUCAGAUUUUGAACAGGGUUUAUAGCUAGGGGCGACUCUUUGUCCCCAGGUCUUUUGCUGCAGUUUUUGUUGUGGUAACCUGGCAAACGUGUCAAAGAACUUACUUAUCAGUCGUCAAAUUGAAUGUCAUUCCUGUAUACUAGAAUGUGCUCUGACAGAAGGUUUUACCCCUGAACAGUCAUAAAACCAAAACAAAUCUUGUUUAGAACACUGUAACACUGUUCUCUCAAGCAGGAGUUACUGUAUAAAAUACAGUUUAAAGUUUUUGGUAACGAGUUUCUCCUAGCUUUAAGCCUUCUUAAAAAAAAAAAGAGAGAGAUUUAGAAUAUCUUUACAAAAAUGUAUAUACUUUCUUAAUAAAGUAUAAAAGAUACACCCCUUGGGAAAUUUUACGGAAUAUAAUGCCACCUUAGAUAAGACGGGUGUUGUAAAAUUUCAUUACCUCUCACAAAUCAAGUCAGCUGGUACUUUGCUAUAUUGCUGUUUUUGCUUCAAAAGAAUCUAAUCUUAGACUAUAUUAAAUUGAAACAGUCAUGAACACUUACCUGCAUUUUUUUCUAAAUUGUAGUCUGAAUUGUUUGGAACAAUGAAAGGUUGUUCCUUUUUGACAAUCAAAAUUAAAGUGACAGAAAUGUUAUCUAAUUUACAGUUGUUCACAAUUAGAUAGACCUAUUUUAUUAAAACUUUUUAUUUACAA